AUGAAAGGUACAAUGGAAGCUUUCAAACCUAACUACGGUAGCCCGGAAUUGGUGGAUCUACAAAGUCCCGAUACUGAGCCUCAGUCAAAACAAGGCUAUCCACCAGGUGAGCUGAUGGAUAUCGAUGACUGCCAGGAGCAACAACGCCAAACUCCCAAUGAGAGUGCUCCACAGGCCGAGCUUUCAGAUCUCAAGACGCAGCUGCAAGAGAAAACCCAGAAGCUUGAAGAACUACAGGAACAGUGUGACAUAAUGAGCAAAGAUGCCAUCAAGAACAGUCAAAUGCUCAAAGAGUCACAGGAAAAAUGUGGCACGAUCAGCCAAGAGGUCACCAAGAAAGACCAGGAUGUUAUAAAGUUUCGUAAACUCUGGAAGAAGGCCGCCACGGAGCAUGAUAAGUUCCGAGCCAGUGGACAGGGGUUCUACCAGAUUACGGACGAGUAUCUGGUGGAGCUAAUCAAUCAUCUCAGACUCAACAUCCGAGACCUUUCGAUCCAGUACUUCGACGGUAUCGUUUGGAAAGGGGAUCGAUUUAUCUUCUAUGAGCCGGGUUAUUUCUACCACCUGAACAAUACUACUCUAGAGAGCAAAGGAUUCAUGCGAUAUCUCGAAUCAAGUACAACAUCUCAUGAAGUCGUUCAAGGGUUUCUUUGGACAGUCAUCGUCCAUGAAAUAUUUGACAAGUUUGAGUGGCUUGGUUCAGACACCUGUUAUGACUUUCGACACCUCAGGCAUGGACUAAAGCCUCUGUUACUUCUGGAGUUCGACUACCAUAUCAAUGUUGAGAAGUCCAACAACUACAUGAAGGAUAGGACCGAGUAUCAUGUAAAGCGGAUCAUCAACACGAUUGGACGCAAUCUUCUUAAAAAGGAUAAGGAGAGGGGCUUCAAAAACCAACUGUCAGCGAUUAUUACCGAAGCAUUCGCCUUGGACAAGGAGAUUAGUCGCCAAGUUGCGCGUGUGAUUUGGAGAUUCAAUGUUUCUCAACAAGAAGAAAACGUUGGUCACCCCGAUGCCGCCCCCAGCAACCCAGGUCUGGUUAUGGCCCCAGCUGUUUUUAAAAGGGGCAAGUCUACAGGUGAAGGAUUUGAUCACGAGACAAAGCUGCUGGAUAUAGUAGAAGGUAGUAAGUAA